GGAUGACGUCACUUCCGGCGCGCUUCACCCUCCUCCCCUCCCCCCCUUCCCUCUCCGUGAGGGCCCCGGGAUGGGGCGAGGGGAGGCCGCUCCUGACUGAUCCGGCUCUGCCAAAUCCAGCUCGGCAUCAUGGCCACCUCGGAGUGGCUCCGGUUCUUCGAGGACGCCGGGAUCCCGCCCGGCCCCGCCCUGGGCUACGCCGUGGCCUUCGUGGAUAACAGCAGGAUCCACAAGAACAUGCUGCUGGACCUGACCCGGGAGCUGAUGAAGGAGCUCGGCAUCACCGCCGUGGGCGACGUCAUCGCCAUCCUGCGCCACGCCAAGGUGGUGCACAGGCAGGAAAUGUGCCGGGCGGCCUCGGAGUCGCUGCAGCCGGAGGCCGAGCGGGCGCCGGGGGGAUCCUGGCGGGAUCGGGAGGAUCGGGAUCAGCGGGAUCGGGAGGACCGGGAUCCCCGGGAUCGGCGGGAUCCCCGGGAUCGGGCGUGCGCGGCCGCGGGCAGGAUGAUCAGCCACAGCCUGCAGCGGGAGCCCCGACAGCCCCGCGGGACCCCCGGCACCGGGAUCUGCGUCACCGUCCCCAACGGAGCCGACGGAUCCCCGUCCCUCCCCGCAGCCCCCGGGGCGCUGGCGGUGCCGGGCCGGCGGCGCCGCGUCACGGCCGAGAUGGAGGGGAAGUACCGGAUCUCCCUGCCCAAGGGAUCCACCGCCCGCAGCCGCAAGAUCCUGCAGCUCCAGGCGGCCUCAGGGCUGGGCCGGCCGUCGGUGUUCCAGCGCCUCGGGGCCGAGCACAAAGCGACCGCAGCCCCCACGGGGAAGCCCUCGGGAGUUUUCAGCCGCCUGGGGGAGGCUCCGGCCGGCCCCGAUCCCGUCGUUGAUCCCGGGGGUGAUCCGCUGGAUCCCGGCGCGGAUCCCGCCGGCGACGCCGAGGCUCUGCCCUACGCCGGCGUCCUGAAGCGGCGCCGCGAGCGCGCGGCCGCGAGCGCCGCGGAGCCGCAGGACGGGGCCGUGUCCAGCUCCGCUUCCGCUUCCGCUUCCGGAUCCGCUUCCGCUUCCGUGUCCAGUUCAGGUUUUGGUUCCGGUUCCGGUUCCAGAUCCGGUUCCAGUUCCGGUUUUUGUUCCGGAUCCGGUUCAGGUUCCCGUUCAGGUUUUGGUUCCGGUUCUGGUUCCGGUUCCGGUUUUUGUUCCGGGUCCGGUUCAGGUUUUUGUUCCAGUUCCGGUUCCAGAUCCGGUUCCAGUUCCGGUUUUUGUUCCGGAUCCGGUUCAGGUUCCCGUUCAGGUUUUGGUUCCGGUUCCGGUUCCGGUUCUGGUUCCGGUUCAGGUUCCCGUUCAGGUUUUGGUUCCGGUUCCAGUUCUGGUUCCGGUUCUGGUUUUGGGUCAGGUUUUGGUUCCGGUUCCGGUUCCGGUUCCGGUUCUGGUUUUGGGUCAGGUUUUGGUUCCGGUUCCGGUUCUGGUUCCGGUUCUGGUUCUGGUUCCGGUUCCGGUUCCGGUUCCCCGCGGCCAGGCCGGGUCAGCAGCUCCUGUGGGAGCCUCAGCGUCUUCCGCAGGCUGGGCCGGAAACCCGACUGAUCCCGGGGAUCCCGGGGGAUCCUGACGGGGGAUCCUGCCGGGAAUCCUGCUGGGAGAUCCCACCUGGGAAGGGAAUCCUGCUGAGGGAUCCUGG